AUGGUGUCACGACAUCUUUCCUACGAUACCCAUUCAUUGCUGUUCACAAACGACAGCGACACUGAGUCGGUCAACGACGAUUUUGUCUCCUUCCCCACGCUACCGGAUCCUGAGGAGACCGCCAACCGGUCAUUCUCUAAAAUCAUCACCAAGACGUUAAGGAAAGUCACCAAUAACGCUUCCAACUUAGUUCACUCUUACGCAUCGCCUCGCCACCACACCGAGGCUCCAGAUUUGCCCACAGAUCCCACAGAUUCUCAGUCAAUCUACCAUGACCACUCGGCCCCCACAACUCCAGUCAGGAAGGCAAUUGCUACGCCGACAUCGAAACAGCAUAGCUCCGCAGUAUCUGUUGCAUCAUCUCUCGACAAGCUGGUCUCACGGCGCUCGAGCAAAGGUACAGAUCAAGAACCAAUGAGAAAUUUCACGGGAGGACAAAACUCGCCUACUCAGGUUCCUCGAGCACCAGCUCCGGAUAGUACACUAAAAAAACCGAACACAGACCCAUGGCUAAAUCCUUCGACGAACAAUCGUGGGUCAAUAAUACCUCCAGCAUCUCCGGCAUCCGUGAAACGGGCAGAGAGCAUCACGGGAGUGUCUCCAGGUAGGGCGAAAGCUCCCCCUUUGUUCAGGAUGAAUUCCGAUAUGAACCCAAGAGUCAUGUCAGACAACAAAUCCUUGCGUAUUUCAACUAUGAGCACCACCAAGGUUCAUGCUCCAGUUGUAUCACAGGCUGAUAUAACAAUACGGAGUGCUGAUUCCGAGCUGAAAAAUUCGAAAGCUUCUCUGAUCCAUCAGAACAACAAUAUUCCAGCAUCUUCAUCGAAGGAGAAUGUUUCGUGCAAAAGCGAUACCAAGACACUUCAGAAUAGAAUCUCAUCCAUCUUUAACAACCUUCCAAACGAUUUUGAAUUGUCUGACGACUCGGCCUCGGACUUGGAGACCAUAAACAAUGACACCGUUUCCGCAUCUCCAUUAACCCUGCGUCUAUCACCUAGACAGCCUAAUAAAAGCAGCAGGAUUGAGCCUACUCCAGCGAAGCUCGAAAGACAAGCUCCACUUCCAUCGCUGUCUCCACCAUCAUCUACCUCUACUUCGGUUGAGAGAACACCUUCCAUCACAAGAAAGAUCUCUUCUAGUUUGUCGAAUUCCUUGUUUUACAGCGCUAGAAGUAUCAUCAACAACAAUAUUCCCGGCAAAGGAUCCUCUGCCAGCUCUAUCACGGGCGAACUAACCAAGCAGAGGAAGAAGAAAAUCGCCCGCAAACUUUCUGAUAAUCCACUUAAGAACGGCGGCAUACCCAAAAAAUACUGGAUGAACGAUUCCUUUGUCACCGAUUGUUUAAACUGUUUCAAACCGUUCACAGCUUUUAGAAGGAAACAUCAUUGUCGAUUUUGUGGGCAAAUAUUUUGCUCCAACUGCACGCUCUUUAUAUCCUACAGUCAGUAUAAACAUGAGAAGCUGAAGAAGAAUAAAGAAAAGGAGCACAAAAUUUUCAAUGACAAACUCAGAGUCUGUAAGCCAUGUUACAGUGAUGUCAUUGUGUACUUAAGUGAUGAUUCACUGAGCUCAUCUGAAGAAGAAGACGUUGAGAGUGAAGUUCUUAGUACUCAGUCUGAUCAACAAGACCACUACUCCAAACUUUCAAGCGCCGAUCACCCCUUAAUGAGGUUUCGUUCUAAAUCUAUAAAUUCGAGACGAGAUAGUUUAACGAGUGAGUCUCUUGCACUGGCAGGCCAGAAGAGCAAUAGAAAGCAUACAAGAUCGCUGAGUGGGGCCUCUACAGUUAAUUACAUCAGCAACAAGGAGGGCAAUCAAAAGAGUAACGAAGUCACUUCCUUCAAGCAUGCCCCUCAGAUGGCUAUUCCGACGACACGUACAGGAGAGGUUGUCGAAAUCCCAGUUUCGAGAAGUUCCUAUUCCAAUAAUGUGAUGCCAGUGAAACAAAAUUUAGCAGCUCUUGCUAUGCGGAAUGCAGUACACAACCAGGGAUCUGGACCAUCUGCUGAACCUGGUAAAGAACAAUUGACGACCUGGAAUUCUCCCUAUCAUGACACUCAAGACCUUUCUCCAGAAGUUGUUCGCCCCAAUAGUCUUGAGAAUCUUGGAAAACUUUACAGCUCCUUUUUGCAUAGAAACCCUUACAGGCUAACAAGAUCUACUUCCGAAAGAGUUCCUCGUCUGGGUGCUCUUACGAAGCACCGAGCUGGUUUCGAGUCAGAGCGAGAGGACGACUAUGAAAGCGAAAAUGAGGAUGAAAAGGUUUUAUCCUUGUACACCUCACUCAAUAAUGGUUAUCUGUCAAUCGAUCCAAGAUCGUCUCUGUCUCCAACACCAAAGGUGCUAAACCAAUCAUUAUCGCUGGUACCGACCUUGCACGAAUUCCCAUCGAUGAAUGUCAAUGACAAGUAUAUUCCGAAUCCAAUGGGAUUCGGCAGGCAUACUGAUGCUGAUCAAGCUACACUCAACUUUGGAAUCAAUGCCAAUAAGUAUCGCUCUGACCACAGAUCAUCUGAAAGAGCGAAAGCGUCGUUGAAUAGGAUGCGACAAAAACGUAUGAAUAGAUUGAAAAACAGAACGUCAUUCGCUACGGCCACAUUUAAACCUCCACAACUCGAAGUGUCAACUGAAUUUAAUCGGCCAUACGUUGACAGUCCGCAAUCAACGCCGACGUCCCCGACUCCGUUUGGCGCAGUUGCCUUGCCCAAUACCAGAGAUUCCGAUAAGAGCAGCAGCAUAACGAAAGCUCAAACAUCUUUCGGCUUGUCUAGCGCUUCUCCGUUGGCUCAUAAGACGUGGGACGAGAGGACUUCUGCAAGUGAGCCACAUCAUUCUGUCGAGCCUUUCAACUUUGACGGUGAAGUUCAUGACAGUGACUUGACAGGCUACUUUAAUGGCCUCCUACCAACCAUUGACAAAGUCUACGAUGACUUUAUGCACAAGCUACUACUACAAUCACUUGCAGACUGUGACAUAUCUGACCCCAGUGAUCAAAAGCGAUGGGGAAAUGUGUUGUUUGCUGCUCUCAAAAAAGUUUACCAGCUUCGGCUUUCUGAUACUCUAGAUAUAAAGCAGUAUGUGAAGUUCAAGAAGCUUUCGGGCGGUAAAAUUGAAGAUACCCACGUUGUGGACGGUCUUUUCAUUACUAAAAAUAUUGAUUCUAAGCGAAUGCAACUGCGAAUUGAAAACCCCAAAAUCGCCUUGUUGAUGUUUCCACUUGAAUACUUGAAGCACAAGGAACAGUUCAUCAGCUUGAGAAUCGUCAACUCUCAACAAUCUGUUUACAUUGGCAAUCUUGUUUCACGGUUAGUGUCGCUUGAGCCGGAUGUUAUUGUUGUCGGUGAUACGGUUUGCGGGCUUGCCUUGAAAUUGCUCGAAGAAGCUAAUGUGACGGUUCUUUCAAAUGUCAAACCUCAAGUAAUUGAGCGAAUUUCAAGGUAUACAAGGGGCGACAUAUUCUCGACGGUGAACGAUCUUUUUUUUAAGAAAGGUAGUUUAGGAUCCUGUGGGUUAUUCGAGAUUCGAAAGUUUGUACACACCGACGUUGUCAAGACAUACGCCUUUUUCACGGGAUGUGAUACACAAUAUGGAUUUACGAUUUGUUUGAGAGGUGAAGACAGUGAAGCCUUGAGUGGCGCAAAAUAUACUACUGAAACGCUCACGCCAGCUCUUUGGAACGCAAAAUUUGAAAAAAGCUUCUUCAACACCCUCUCUUUGACUUUUCGAGAACUGGACCCACGCCCAGGCUUGGACACAUUGAAACUCUUGGAAAGAUCAAUUGAAGAUGCACAGAACAUCGACGAUUCAGCUAUUGUCGCCUGUCUUCAAUCCAUCGAACAUUAUGGCAUAGUAAACUAUAUCAGACUUUUUACCGAGCGCUAUUUGAGUGUCUCACCGUCGGUGAACUUUCGCUUACCAGGUGUGCUAUUAAACGUGGUAAAUGCCUUCGUAUCAUUAAUCGACUUUGCAUCUUUUUAUCAAAAAAUUCAACGAGUGACAAACCCCGAUGAAUUUGAUGUGGAGUGGCUUACUAAAGCAAAAAUCGAUGUUGAUCCUGAUCGAUUCAAUGGUUUUGAGGAUAUAAUUGCCAUGCUUCGCUACGUGUGUAAUAGUCGCAUGUUGAGUCUUUUGGACGGAUUUAAUAGCCGAUUAAGAGGUUGGUCAAACAGCAUCAAAUUCAAUUGCUAUCAACUAUACCCAAUUUUUCAUAGAAGCAUACAUGUGCUUUAUUCAACUGUUUCUAUCAAGCAUGCGACACCUUGUGCUGGGCCAGUAAUUGUCGUGAUUGAUUUUCAUACUGAUAAUGAUAAGUGUCUCGGUGUCUUUUUAGAUCAAAUACUUCAGGAAUGCACCACGGCUUGCGAGGAGUGUCAAGAGUUGCUUCUCGACCAUUACAGGACCUACGUUCAUGAUAAUGCAAAGGUGGACUUCAUUAUUGAGAGAGUAGAUACUACUUCUCAUGAUUUUAAAGGUCGGGAUGAACGUCUUAUGUGGAGUCAUUGCCCAGAAUGUAAUCACUCAACUCCGAUCACAGUGAUGACUGAUGAGAUAUACUACCUAUCUUUGGGUAAAUUUUUUGAGCUAUCCUUCUGGUCAGAUGGUGUUAGACACGAGGGAGAAUGCUCGCAUGACUACUUUAAAAAGCAAAUAAAGUACUUUGGUUACAAUGACAUCGUGAUAAGAAUGGAGUACUCCAAAAUUGCAAAUUAUGAGGUGAUUGUCCCCAAGAAGAAGUUAGAAUCAACAAUGGAAACAGACAUUCGCCUAAAAAUCGAAAGCUUUGAACGUAUCUCAAGAAAAAUGGAUGCUUUCUUCAAGAGCAUUUCAGAUAGACUCAACAGGGUGAAGCUCGACACGGUCGACAAGGCCGAGGCUGGUUAUGAGAGAGUAGAGCAGCUUAAGGAACGUGUUUCUACUCAGCAUAGAACUCUUGCUGCAAAACUCUUAGAUUUUUACAAGCAGACUGAACCCACCAAUUAUGUUCUGUUAAAUGCCAUUCAACGUGAAUUGCAGGAUGUUGUUGUUGCUUGGGAUACUGAGUUUAACGAAUUUGAAGCAGAUUUUUUGCCGACAGAAAACGAAAUCAACAAAAUCACACAGUCCCAUCUUAGGAACUACUUGAUCGAUAAAUUGGAUCAUGACAAUACCCUGAAGAAUCGCUCCACGGAGAAUCUUAGAAAGGAUGAUGCUGCAAAGGCAAAAAAUAAUACUGAAAGCCCAGAGAAUAUUCUGAGGACCUCUCCAAAUUCUUUGAAAGAACACGGCGAAAAAGCUCCUAAGAGACCAGUUCCUCAAAUCAGUAGAUUUAGGGUACCUUCUGCGGUCAUAGAGGAUAAAAUCUCGCAGAUUCAGCAAUCAUUUGAAAAUGACAACAAAAGCUCGAUUAAGUCACCGGACAAGUCUUGUGCUAAUUCGAUUAGUGGUGAUUCCUCAGACAACUUUUCUCAAAAUCCAAAAAAAGUUCAAGACUUGACCAACUACUUCAAUCAAAUGACGCUUGAAUUUCAAAGGCAAAGAGAAGAAGCAUUAGAAAAGAAAUCAUAUAAAUACAAAACUUUACCUAUUGGCAAUUCACUGCCUAUAGUGGAGAUCUACGGCAAUAUUGAAGAUGUUGUGGAUGUGAAUCAUGAGAACAAGAGAAACAAAUUACUUCAUACUGACUCCGCGUCUACGGUGCCUAGAGUUUCUGAAGAAUCCACUCGUUAUCCUCCCCAGGAACAUUUAACUAGUCAGGUACCAAGUGACUUCCUGACCCUGGAUAGAAAGACUCUAGACCGCAAGGAGGAGCAGAAGUUGCUUGGCGAACAGACCAAAAAAAUACUGGAAGAAAUAAACAAAGCUAAUAAGGAGGGUACAAUGAAACAAAGGAUCGAGAUUCCUCAACCAGAGAGAAAUUCACUACUCAAAUCUCUCAUGAACUACUGGGCCGACAGAUCUGCGACAUUGUGGGACCCCUUAGAGUACCCGUUUGAUGUGACGGAGCACACCUUUGCUGAUUCCGAUGUGAUAGUAAGGGAAGAUGAGCCAAGUUCUUUAGUGGCGUUUUGCCUCUCGUCACCAGUAUACCAACAGAAGAUACAAGAUAUGGCCACCACUCCAAAUGAUGAGGACGAGACGGUGCACAAUGAUGCUUAUCAAAAGAAGGCUGAACAAUUCACUAAGAUUGAGAAGAAGUUCAAGAAAAGCAUGGCAUCCUCCAACAGGCUGAUGAGUGAGCUCGAGAAUAUCAUGGUGAAGACUAAGAGCAAUCACUUAAAGUACCAAUUUGCUGACGGUAACACACUGAUUUCGUGUAAGAUAUUCUACAGUGAACAGUUUGAGGCAUUCAGAAAAGCUUGUGGGUUGGACAAAUCAUAUAUUCAAAGUCUUUCCCGAUGCAUCAAAUGGAACUCUAAAGGUGGUAAGAGUGGAUCAAACUUUUUGAAGACUUUGGAUAACAGAUACAUCAUCAAAGAGCUACUGAAGUCAGAGUUGGAGUCAUUUGUGUCAAUUGCACCAUUUUACUUCAAGUACAUCUCGCAGUCGACAUUUUACACAUUGUCUACAGCGAUAGCGAAGAUAUUUGGAUUUUACCAAAUUGAAAUUAAAAAUUCUGUUUCAGGAAAGACAUUCAAGAUGGACUUCUUGAUCAUGGAAAAUCUUUUGUACGACUGCAAGUGUUCGAGAAUAUUCGACCUCAAGGGGUCCAUGAGAAACAGACACGUACAGCAAACAGGCAAGGAAAACGAGGUGUUGCUUGACGAGAACAUGAUUGAGUAUAUCUAUGAGAGCCCAGUGUUCGUGAAGGAGCAGCUGAAGAAAUUGUUGAGAGGAUCUUUGUUCAACGAUACCUCGUUUCUUUCUGCCAUGGAUGUAAUGGAUUAUUCAUUGGUGAUUGGCAUUGACGAUAAUACACAGAAACUCUAUGUUGGUAUCAUCGAUUGGUUGCGCACAUUUACCUGGGACAAAAAGGUCGAGAAUUGGGUGAAGGGAAGUACGUUAGUGGGGAAGAAAGGUAAGGAUCCUACGAUUGUGACGCCUAAGCAAUACCGAAUCCGGUUCCGAGAAGCGAUGGACCGGUAUAUCCUUGAGGUGCCUGAUAUAUGGUAUGAGGGCAGGUCAAAUUAA